GGCCGCUGCUCGGGCCAAGUCGCAAUCAGACAGUCAGACACACGCGGAGCGUUCAGUCGACCGGACGCAUGGUCGCUGAUCCAAGAUACAAGAUACAAGAUACAAGCAAUAAGAUAUUCGAUUGCCAGAUACUAUAUGUGGUGCAGUGUGUUAGUGUUUUGGUGCGAGCAACUGUAAAUUCGCGGCUGACCAAAGAAAGUGCGGUCGGCGCAAUUAAAUCGAAUGGGAAUUGAAAUCGGAAUCGGAAUCGCAACCACAGUUACAACUUAUUUCGCGUUCGUCGCCUAAGUCUUUCGUUUAUCGCGCGCUCCACUACUCAGAAAUUGUUUUCGCACUUGCAUACCAGCCCGAUUUUCGGUGGCGAUUUCGAAACAAGCUCUCCAAAAACAUAACGCUGCCAGACGGUCUAGGCCAAGAACUCCCCGCAAGUGUCCGGCCAGCAGCAAACAUGUUUAAGUGGGUUACGCCGGCCUCAACGGCAACGUUGUCCCGCUGCACAACAACAACGAGAACAGCAACUACAGCGACAGCGACGAGAACAACAAAACCACAACUACUUUCCAUCGCUUUAACAAGUUUAAUAAUAAUAGUCGCAUCAUUUGUGCCGACAACAAGUGGAUUUAGAUCAAUUGAAACGAAUGGCGGAGGUCGCAAGUUGUUUGGAGGCUACCGCAUCACCCCGAAGCACUGCCGAGCCACCAAGACGCUACCCAGCUCUGAUCCGCGGGCCAAUGGACCCACCAUCUGCAUGUUCAACCACGAGUGCGCCCAGAGGGGCGGCGAGGUGGUGGGCGCCUGCAUGGACGGCUUCCUGUUCGGCGCCUGCUGCCAGAUCCCGCCCACCCACGAGCUGGCCAGCACGUUGAUCAACGAGGCCCAGAACGCAUACUUCCAGCAGCACCAGCAGCAGACGAAGAUCCAGCAGGCGGCGGCCCAAUCCUCGUUCGAGAGCUACGGUGAGCAGUCCCAGCAGCAGCAAUCCUUGAGCGAGGAGCAGGUGGCCCCGCAGCCAUCGCAGAACAUCUACGAUCAGCAGAACCCGCAGCCAUCGCAGAACAACUACGAUCAGCAGAACCCGCAGCCUUCGCAGAACAUCUACGAUCAGCAGAACCCACAGCCUUCGCAGAACAUCUACGAUCAGCAGAACCCGCAGCCUUCGCAGAACAUCUACGAUCAGCAGAACCUGGACAAGGUGUACCAGCAGUUGGGCAGCAGCAGCAUCAGUCCACCCAGCGGUGCUUAUGGGGCUGAGCCGGAGUCGGAGCCAGAGCCAGAAACGGAGCCACCGGUUAGGGAUGAGCCUGGAUACUCCAGCAGCAGUGCGUCCACCGAGACCACCCAGUCGCAGCCUUCCUCCGCCAGUGUGGAGUUCGAACAGGAGCCCUCGCAGCAGGUGGACAUCUCCAGCGAGCAGACCACCCAGAAGAUCACCAAACAACCGAUCCAGCCACCAAGUUUCCAUGUCCACAAGCACUCCGUGACCAUCAACUCACCCUCGUCGCCUCCCCAGAAUGAUGACUUCGUGAUGCAGGUGCUCAGUACUUUGCCACCAGAGCAUGCCGAUGAUCAUCACAUCGUCUUCACCACCGAGGUGCCCACGAAGAUUGCCAGCGGCUUGCAGGAACAAACGAGCUCCGAGUCCAACUCCUUCGAGGAGGUUUCCUCGACGCCAGCAGCCACUCAAAAACCCAAGACUAAGCCCACUCAGAAGGCCACUCAGAAGCCCACGCAGAAGCCCACUCCAAAGCCCACGCAGAAAGCCACCCAGAAACCCACCCAGAAACCCACUCCAAAGCCCACGCAGAAACCCAAGCCGAAUCCUGUUCCCCAGUUGGCGGAGACCAUGAAGCGACCCAUCCAGCAGAAGCCACAACCCCAGCCGGUGGUGAAACCCCAGCCAAGUCCAAAACCUGCGCAGUCGUCCAACAUCCACCAGCACAACCACAACCAUUUGAUCCUGGAUGGCGGAGAGUUCACGCACAGUGAUAUCACUCACCCCGGAGCAGAUGCCGAUCUUGUGGAGGAUCUGCAGUUCUCCACGGGCUAUGGACCCCAGCCUGUAUACGCGGAACCACCAAAGCAGCAGGAACAACAGCCACAACAGCCGCCGGAGCAGAGCUACAUCACAUCCAGCACUAGUGCCAAACGUCCAACGAGCGGACAGAACAGCCCCACCACAGUUUCCUCGAUUACCACCCAUGUGGACUCCAUCGAAUCCAUCAUCCUGCAGCUGAACAAUACCAGCCAUGGUCCCAGUUACAACGUGGUGAGCCAGCAGACACCAUCAUACGGAUACCCCGGUGCUGGGCAAGUUCACACCGAGCCAGCCACCCAGCCCCCAACAUUCUACCAGGAAAACGAGGCGGAGAAGGUCCAGGAACAGGAGUCUCAGUCGCAGGAAUACGGUUAUACCACCACACUUGGCUACGAGUCCUCCUACGAAAAGGUUUCCGACGAGCAGGAGGCCUCGGCAACUGUCAGCCAGUCCGCCGAGAUGCCCACCGCGCGUCCUGGUUACGGAGAAGAUGUCUCCGCCGUGCUUGAGGAUCACACGAUGCCCGCCAAUGGCUACCAUGAUGCAGAGGCCUCAGUUGCUCCGCAGACCUCAGAGUUCAACAAGAUGCCCACGGGCAUUGCUUACCCGGUGGAUAUGUCUUACAUGGAGGAGGAGGAGAAUUUGCCGACCACGGCCGCGGGUUAUGGCCAGGUGAGCAGUGACUCCUUCGAGUCCAGCACCGAUGCCGUAUACCAGAAGCUCUCCACCGUCCAAACGGAGCAGCCGCAGCCAGUGCCAACGUACGUGCGUCCCACCACCAAUGCCAACAAGCAGAAUCGCCCAGUGGCCUCCUACAUUGGAAUGGUGACCAUGCAGCACUACAACCCGCAGUCCGGAAAUGGUGACUACCAGGCCCAAGUUCCCGCCGAAGUGUCCGUGUCCUCCCACACCACCAAGGUCCAGGAGCAGUUCGACGACACCUCCAAUGCCUACCAGCAAUCGGAGACCACCUCCGGCUAUGUAUCCCCACCAACAUCUGCUCCUCCGGCAGCUCAGCGACCACAGUACGACGCUGUGCAGGAAGAUGCAUCCUCGGAGCGACCCGUUCUGGUGACCGCCAGUCCCAGGCCUCGACCCAAGCCCAGCACCAAGCGACCUGCCAUAAAGAGACCCAUCAGCGUGGAAAACAUCAAGAGGAAGCCGCAGCCACAGCCAAGUGCUGGUGCCUACAACCAGGAGAAGAUCAGCGAGCAGAGCACCAGAAAACCCGUGUCCACUGGAUACGACAAUGUACCCGAGUCGCCCAUCACGCACAUUCAGAUCAAGAAGCCAGCGGCCAAUCAUCACAAGGAACACGACCAGAGUGGCUACCCCAGGCCAGCUAAUCCAGUAUACGAACAGACCACUGCCGCAGCUCCUGCGCCAGCUGCUCCGGCUCUCAACUACGACAAGCCAGAUGCCCCGCUCAGCCAGUUCGACCAGCCAUCCGCUCCAUCUGUCGGCUACGAACAGCUGGCGCCGAUGCCAUCGCUUGUCUUCGAUGAGGAGCAUGUGGCCAGCUCGCCGGUAAGGAAGCCAUCGACGUCCAAGCCCAUUUCCACCAGCUAUGUGACCGGACCCAGCACUCCACGUCCUCCGGCCACCGUCGACUAUCACUACGAUAAUGUACCUCCACUGUUCAUGGCGGACGACAAGCUGGACGCCUUCAUCCAGAGCACGGCGGAGAACAUUGUGGGCUCUACUCCGGGCAACUACCAACCCCCGCUGGUGGCCACAGCCUCGACGCCCAUCUACGCCCAAAGGCCAACCAGCAGUGGUGUCUAUGGACACAAGAAGCCUGGCUUCGUGCAGAUCAAUGGCACACCCAAGCCUCCCAGGCCGACGGUGCUCAUCACACCCAAGCCCACCGCCAUUAACCUGGUGACCUACAGCUCCUUGAGUGACGAUAGCAACAAACUGGCCACCAGCUCCUUUGUGACCGGAAGACCAGGAUCACAGGGCAUUAGUGCCAACGACUUCGAGGAUCCCGGAUACUUUGGCAGCAGUCCCGUGCACGUGGCCUUCACGCAAUCCACCACAGAGGCCAUCUAUGCAGUUCCCUCCGACGACAAGCCGGCGUUCCCCGGAUACUUUGGACCUACGCCCUCGUAUCCCGCCUUCUCGGUUCCGGGCGAGAAGGUCGGUCAGAAUGUGAUGGAGGAGACCUACACGUCGCCCAAUGACUUCGUGAAUUUCCCGCCUGUGAGAAAUCCCAAUCUCAACAUGUCGGCUGCCUCCAGCGCAGUGACCAGCGACCUGGACCUUUCCACCCCCUCCUUUGUAGAGGAUGUGGUGCUGAAGGACAAGAUGCACACGCUGGUCCACAAGUUGGUAGCCUCGCUGCAGGGUAAUUUCGAUGCCUUGGCCGAUAUGAUCGAGGAACCGGGAAGCAACAAGACCGCGGCCACCUACCAGGCCGGAGCAGGAGGAGCAGCCAAGCCGGUGAGAGUGGCAACCACGCGCAAACCCGUGAGGGUAGCCACCACCACCAGACCGAAGGUCACCACCAAAAAACCCGUGACCCGGGUCACGACCAAGGCUCCCAACAAGAAGACAUCCACCGUCAGCAGCACCACCCGCAAGCCCGUAACCCGUCGCACCACCGUGGCCGCCAAGGUAACCACCACCACCCGGAAGCCGGCGACCAAGAAGCCAACCCGUCGCGUGAGCAGCACCGUGAAGACCACCACCGUGAGCUCGGCCAGACCGGCGGCCGAUGAGAUCGUGGACGAGGAGGACGAAGAGGACGUCAACCCGAACCCCAGCGACAACGAGGUCGACCAGGGCGCCACCCUGAGUUCCUACGGCGGAGCCAACGGCCGGAAGAUUCACUCGACUUCUCGAACACUCCCCACUCCUAACCUCGCAUUUCACUCCCCAUCAACAGAGUGCGGUGUGCGGCCCCAUGUCAAGUCCGGCCGCAUCGUCGGCGGCAAGGGCUCCACUUUCGGCGCCUUCCCCUGGCAGGUCCUCGUCCGGGAGUCCACCUGGCUGGGCCUGUUCACCAAGAACAAGUGCGGCGGCGUCCUCAUCACCAGCCGCUACGUCAUCACCGCCGCCCAUUGUCAGCCCGGUUUCCUGGCCUCGCUGGUGGCCGUCAUGGGUGAAUUCGACAUCUCCGGCGACCUGGAGAGCAAGCGCUCUGUGACAAAGAAUGUGAAGCGUGUCAUCGUCCACCGGCAAUACGAUCCGGCCACCUUCGAAAAUGAUCUGGCCCUGCUGGAAUUGGACACUCCAGUGCAGUUUGAUACCCAUAUAGUGCCCAUUUGCAUGCCCAAUGAUGUGGCGGACUUCACUGGACGCAUGGCCACCGUGACCGGCUGGGGUCGCCUCAAGUACGGCGGAGGAGUGCCCUCCGUUCUGCAGGAGGUGCAGGUGCCGAUUAUCGAGAACAGCGUUUGCCAGGAAAUGUUCCACACUGCUGGCCACAACAAGAAGAUUCUCACCUCCUUCCUGUGCGCCGGAUAUGCCAAUGGCCAAAAGGACUCUUGCGAGGGUGACAGUGGCGGUCCGCUGGUGCUGCAGCGACCCGACGGGCGCUACGAGUUGGCCGGAACCGUUUCCCACGGCAUCAAGUGUGCGGCGCCGUAUCUGCCCGGCGUCUAUAUGCGCACCACCUUCUACAAGCCGUGGCUGCGCAGCAUAACGGGCGUGAAAUAAGGUGGUGCCUCCAAAGCCUCCAGGCCUCCGAGGUCUCCGUGUCCCGAGAUGGCCGAGAUGAACUCCGACUAGCUGCUGGGAAAGGAGCAACAAGUGUAAAUAGAACGUAGAGUUUUAAGAGUCGUGGACAUGAGCGUUAUAAAAGUUGAUUCAACUUUUUGGCGACGUCGCAUUUUUCGACCCCUUUCCCCGAACCCUCCUCCAUGCAACCAUCAUUCCAUUAGCUUAAUUGAAAAUCAACUGCAGCAACUUCAAACGAAAUACGCUGGGGAUUCGCAGAUUCCAAGGGUUGGAUAUUUUGUUUAAGCAGGCUGCAGGUUCCGUUUUUAGUACGCGUGCCUAACACUUGUAGAGUCUGAAUGAGAAUUACGCUAAUUGAGAGCCGUAUGCUUAAGACAUAUUUAUUCUAGUUCUAAGCCUAUUUAUUUGACUAUUUAUUUAUUUAUGCGACGAAACGAAGCGAUUUGUGCGUUUGAUUCAACUAAAAAAUUGUUAUUUUCAUAGGCAAAUUGUUGUUAUGUUCAAAUGAAAGCGAGAGCAAAUGUUUUUAGUUCAAUUGAAUUUACUAAUUUAUCGAUUUAUAUUAUUAAUUUUUUUAUCUAAUUACGUUUUAUGUUAAUUGUUAAGUAA